UGCCCGUUCUCCAACAUUUUGGAGCAGCGUCAUUUUCGCUGUACGCGCUUGUCCGAGAUAGGAACAGAUGGGGCCCAUCUGAUAGAGAGAUGACCAAUCAAAGAUGCCAACUCCUUUGACCUCAUUGGCACAUUCCUUAUCACCGACCCCUCCGAGGCCAAGUCCGCGUGCGGAUGCCGUUUGUUUCGAUUUGUUCUUUUCUGUAUGGCGGAAAUUCCGGCCGACUGCCGAAGAGGUAGGAAGCUCUGAAUUUCCGUGUCUUGAGCCGCCCCGCCCGCCGCCUCCAUCUUUUUGUGGUUUUGUCACAAAACCAACUUUUUCCCCCUCAUCCGCCCCCAUCUUCACCAUCAUCUCCUCUUCUUCUCUUUUUUUACCAUGUCCAACAUUGCGCCGUCCGUCUUGCGACAGGCAUCGCGCUUGGCCGCGGCCGCUCCUCUCCGCAGCGCACGUGUGCUGUCGCGGGCGACCACUGCGGCUGCUGUCAAGACUGCUUCUGCUUCCAGAAGCUAUGUGACCGAGACCAAGAGAAACAACGCCGACGUGCAGGCCGAGCAUGCUAUCAAGCUGGAUCACAGGGAGAUGGAGAAGCAGGGCCUCGCCAUCAGCGCGCAGAAUGGCUCGAGCCAACACGUCAGCCCCAUGGCUGAUGUCCUCAGCAAUGCUACCGUGAUGGACGAGGGCCAGCGCCCCAUCUACCUGGACAUGCAGGCCACAACCCCCAUUGACCCCAGAGUGCUCGAUGCCAUGAUGCCCUACUUCACCAACGUCUACGGCAACCCCCACUCGAGGACACAUGCCUACGGCUGGGAGACAGACAAGGCCGUCGAGGAGGCGAGGAAACACAUUGCUGAUCUGAUUGGCGCUGACCCCAAGGAAAUCAUCUUCACCAGCGGUGCCACCGAAAGCAACAACAUGAGCAUCAAGGGCGUCGCCCGGUUCUUUGGUCGGUCCGGCAAGAAGAAGCACAUCAUCACCAGCCAGACAGAACACAAGUGUGUCCUCGACAGCUGCAGGCAUCUUCAGGACGAGGGCUUCGAAGUGACCUAUCUCCCAGUGAAGAGCAGCGGCCUGAUCGACAUGGCGGAGCUGGAGGCUGCCAUCCGACCCGACACCGCCAUCGUCAGUAUCAUGGCUGUCAACAACGAGAUUGGCGUCAUCCAGCCCCUCGAGGAAAUCGGCCAGCUUUGCCGGUCCAAGAAGAUCUUCUUCCACACCGACGCUGCCCAGGCUGUUGGCAAGAUCCCCAUUGACGUUAACGCCAUGAACAUUGACUUGAUGUCCAUCUCCUCCCACAAGAUCUACGGCCCCAUGGGCAUUGGUGCAGCUUACAUCCGUCGUCGGCCAAGAGUCAGACUGGAACCCAUCAUCAGCGGUGGUGGUCAGGAGAGAGGUCUUCGCAGCGGCACGCUGGCUCCUCCGCUCGUUGUCGGCUUCGGAGAGGCGUGCCGCAUCGCCAAGGAAGAGAUGCCGUACGACUCCAAGCGUAUCAAGUACCUCUCCGACCGUCUUCUCAACGGUCUGCUCUCCAUGGAGCACACCAGCCAGAACGGUGACUCCAACCACUUCUACCCCGGCUGCGUGAACGUUUCUUUCGCUUACGUCGAGGGUGAGUCUCUCCUGAUGGCCCUCAAGGACAUUGCUCUUUCGUCGGGCAGUGCUUGCACUUCGGCUUCUCUGGAGCCUAGUUACGUUCUCCGUGCUUUGGGCAACAGUGAUGAGAGCGCCCACUCCAGUAUCCGUUUCGGUAUCGGCCGGUUCACUACCGAGCAAGAGAUCGACUACGUUCUUAAGGCCGUGACGGAGCGUGUGGGCUUCCUCCGUGAGCUUUCUCCUCUGUGGGAGCUCGUCCAGGAGGGUAUCGACCUGAACACGAUCCAGUGGAGCCAGCACUAAGAGGUGACGUGGUGUGGUUGAUGAGCGGUAUUUUAUCACGUUUUAUAAAAUGGGCGGAGUUUCCAUUGCUUUUUAUUUCUCCCGCUGCGCUGCCUUUCCGAAGACUAUAGGCGGCCCGGGUUAUUUAUACAGUCAACCUUAUGAAUUGGUGAGGCUCCCGUAAGGACGGAAGCAAGGGGCAAAACAUGACCCAUUGUAUACUAUCAUGUAUGUAAGCGAUAUUUGCGGAUGACUUUUGUUUUUUGAUGAGCAAGAGAAUGAUACCAUACGGCUGGAAGGCGGCGCUUGGAGGUGUCAGUCAAGAGAACAAUUCACCACAUAAUGGAUAUACAUAAUUCCCAGCAUUAUGGCUGAUGAAC